AUGACCACCAGCUUUCCGAGGGGGUUCUCUCUCCUCCCCUCCCUUCGGCUGGCCGCGCCCCCGUCCGUCGUCGCGAGGACCUCCUUCCUCCCCUCGUGCCGCUUCUUCACCACGCCUGCCUCGCGCCUCGCCACCGCGCAGUCCUCGUCCUCGUUCUCGCAAGCCCGCCCGCCAUCACCUCCGCCCUCCGCGCCGCCGAAACCUCACCUCCCCGCGAGGCGGCCGCCCCCCGCCGCCGCCGCCGCCGCCGCCGCCGCCGCCGCCGCUGCUGCCCCCAGCCGAUACGCCUUCAUCAAAAGCCUGGCGUCGAAGCAAUCGCCCACCGUGCUGUACGAAGCGCCCUCGCACUUCUGGUUCUACUUUGGCUGCUGGUCGACCGGGCUGUCCAUCCUGGCGUGGACUGUGCUGACGGGCCCGACGGCGGUCGACCAGCCCGACGAGGUGCCGCGCUGGGUCGGCGUCGUCUUCGGCACCUCGUACGUGCUGCUCGGGGCCAUGGGCUUCUACCUCAUCUCCAAGACGCCCCAUAUCGUCAAGACGAUUCGCGUGUUGCCCCGCGCCUCCGGCCCCGCGGCGGGCCAGCCCCAGCUCGAGGUCACGGUCAAGCGCAUGCUGCCGUUUCUGCGGCCCAGGGUGAUCAAGACGGACCUGGAAAACGUGUCGCUCAAGUCCAGGUUCUCCCUGCCGGAGGAAUACGUCCCCGAGCUGCGACGCCUGGAAAGGGAGCUGGAGCUGGAGAAGAAGCGCAAGGCGUUGCACGAGCUUGACAUGAGCCAUUUGUUGACGAUGCCCUUUAGGAGGAUCGGCAGGGCGCUCGCCAGCAUGUUCAGAGGCGUCAGAUCUGCCUGGACAGACAUGGGGUUCGGCGCCAUCAAGGUGGACGGCAAAUUGUACAAGGUUGACGUCACAAAGGGGUUCGCUCAUGAUGGGUUCAAGACGCUGGAGCAGAUUGCGCACGUGGGAUUCAAAUGA